UCAUUGGAAAGCGACGUCAUUGUAAGUGCUGCUAGCGGAAUAGUAGUGAGGCGACAGAGUGAUUCCUGAGUGCUGUCGUACAACUAUUACUUUCCGACUUCAGCUGUUCCAAGUCUGGCGACAACUGAACUGUAUGUGGUGUGUUUACCUACCCGGGGAGACUUGUAAAAUAGAACUGAAAGGUGAUUGUUAUUGGACCUGUGUGUAUGUGUGAGAGAGAGAGAAUGACCGGUACAAACGGAAGGAUUUCAUGGCACUACGCGUGAAGAUGGGAAUUCCACCGGUAUGGGCGCUUGGCGCUGGCCAGACUGGAUGAGGGAGUGAGGCUGAGUGAGAAGGAGAUCACAGCUACCCAGGACUGCUGUUGGAGAGGACCUCUGGACAGGUGAGGGAGUGAGGCUGAGUGAGAAGGAGAUCACAGCUACCCAGGACUGCUGUUGGAGAGGACCUCUGGACAGGUUCCUGCGGCGGGUGUCAGGGUGGAGGUACCUGACUCAUGGAGAACUACUUCCAGGCAGAGGCCUUCAACCUGGAUAAAGUGUUGGAUGACUUUGAACAGAAGCAAGAUGAGACCGACAGUCCCAGUCUGUCUGAUAAGUGGAUUCAGAUCCUGGCCCCUCCUGCCCACCUACUAUCUCUGAACCGUGCCCUGGCUUUGACCCCUGACCUCGGCCCCCUCCCCUUAAAGACCCCCCCGCCCCCCGACCCGUCAUCCAGCGACCCCCAGGGGCCCGACGCCAAACGCCACCCCGCCACCGAGCUCCCACUCUGGGGAGAAGAACUACCAGACUGCCGUGCAGACGUGCAGAGCCCUCCGCUCCCCCAGCCCAACAUCGGCAAGCUGGUUGGGGGUGAGGAGGGCUCGUCUCCCCCUGUGUCGGCCUCCUCUAGCCCCCCUCCGUACCACCACCACUCCUCUAUCAGCCCCUCUAGUCCAGCCAGCCCUGCCCUCAACGGGCUCAGUGAAGAUCCCUGCAAGGGGAUUCAGACAUGGGUGACCCCUUUACCCCCCACACCCUCGGACCCACGUACUGAUGCCUCUGUGGGGGAGAGGGGUGAUGGAAGCUCUCACGUUAGUCACACACACUUGACCAUUGAGGAGAGGCUGGGAGGGGUUGAGGCGAUAACAGAGAAGGUUAACUCCAAGCCAGAGACUGAGAGAGCUGGUGCCUGGUCACCUAUUCAGGACAGUGGUGGGGAGGAGGCUGUAAUGGCUGGGGUACAGUCACAUGAGGAAGGAAUCCCUAAGAGGGAAAGUCAUGGAAAUACUGUUAAAAAUGGAUUGAUGGAGGAGGGACCGACAGAGCGGAAGGAGUGUAGGAAUUCCUCUCAGAAGCAGAAGAGGUUGAUAGGAGAAAUGGAGAAGGAGAGCAGAGGUGGUCAGGAUGGAGAGGUGGUUCUUACCAGUGGCAUGACUACUGAAGAAGAGGAGGACCGAGGGAGCAGAGAGGAGGAGGAGGAGGACCGAGGGCGCAGAGAGGAGGAGGGCCAGUCUCUCCCCCCUCCUCCCUCCAAGGAGGACUCCGUAACAGAGGAGAAGGAGAUGGAGGAGAGCAACCUAGAGAACGGAGGAGAUGGCAGUGUUCCCUCCAAACUCAACAACACUCGUCUGCAGCUGGUAAGCGUGCCGUUCGGCGGAGCGCGUCCCAAACAAGCGGUCACUCUAAAACUCCAGAUCCCCUGGUCGCUAUCCGGACAGGUCCAGAACCAACUAUCACCUACCGUUAACACCACCACCACCGCCGUCUGCAAGAACCAUGACAACCGUGCCGGUGACAUAACCAUGGAUACAGGAACCGUCGUUGCCGGGGGUGACCCUGGUGGUUGUGUCGCUGUUGUUAACGGGGAGUUGCUAAACGGGUCGUCAUCGUCGGGCUUGGUGCUGGGGUCAGAGAGCAGCCCGGACAAUGACCUCCAGGCAGGGUAUCACCACCAGGGGGCUCUGCCCAGGAAACAGCUCUCCUCCCUGGGGGAGGUAGCCCCCGUGUGGGUCCCUGACUCCCAGGCUCCAGUUGAUAUAAUGGGUGAAGUCCGCUUCACCUUCACCAAGAGGAGCAUCACUAGCCUUGAAACUCAUUCGUGGGGGGGUAUGUGUGGUGGGUCUAACCAUAGUCCUAACCCCAACAACCCAGCACAGUACUGCAGCACCAUCCCACCUCUGCAGCAGAUCCAAACCUCAGGGGCGCUGGACUCCCUUCCUCCCACUGGCAUGGUCCCUGUGGGUGUUCUCAAAACACCCGGCUCGGAGGGGUCCAAAGUUUUCCACCCGCGGGAGCGGAGGAGGGUGUGGUUUGCAGAUGGAAUCCUGCCCAAUGGGGAAGCGGCAGAAUCCCCCAAGCUCCUUGCUACCAGCCCCGCCCCCUCGCAAACAUUGGCUGUCUCACAGUGUUCCAACAAAUCCUUGGCUUCUGAUUUGCCAGAGGCAUCGUCCCCUGCCCCUGCGGCCACCGUGGGAAGCCCUGUAGGCAGCUCCAUCAGUCUAAUUCCGGAGGACGGACUUCCUCCCAUCCUCAUCUCCACCGGAGUUAAAGGAGACUAUACGGUGGAGGAGCGUCCUGAGACCCUUCUGAUGCAGCAGCUGGAGGAGGGAGCUGACCCGUUGGUGUUUGUGCUCAACGCUAACCUGCUGGCCAUGGUCAAACUGGUCAACUACGUAAACAGGAAGUGUUGUAUUGUGACCACUAAGGGGAUGCAUGCAGUGGGCCAGGCUGAGGUGGUGGUGCUGCUGCAGUGUCCUGACGAGAAGAGCAUCCCCAAAGACCUCUUCAGCCACUUCGUACAGCUCUACCAGGAGGCCCUCACAGGUAAUGUCCUGACCCACCUGGGCCAUUCGUUCUUCACCCAGAGUUUCCUUGGCAGCAGGGAGCAUGGAGGUUUCCUCUACGUCACUCCGUCUUUCCAGUCCCUCCAGGACCUGAUGCUCCCCAACCCCCCCUACCUGUUCGGGGUGUUACUGCAGAAGUGGGAGACCCCCUGGGCCAAGAUGUUCCCCAUCAGACUCAUGCUGCGUCUGGGCGCCGAGUACAGAUUCUACCCCUGCCCUCUGUUCAGUGUGCGCUUCAGAAAACUGUUUGGAGAGACAGGUCACACCAUCAUGACCUUAAUGUAUCUACAGGACUUCUGUAACUACCAGUACACGUUGUCCAUGGUGAAGGGUCUGGUGGUGGACAUGGAGGUGAAGAAGACCUGCAUCAAGAUCCCCAGCAACCGAUACAACGAGGUGAUGAAGGCGAUGAACAAGUCCAACGAACACGUACCUGGCCAUGGGGGCGUGUUUAACGAGCCAGGGCACUCCCACCUGGUGUGUAUUCAGAACGACGGAAACUACCUGACACAGGCCAUCAGGCCAUCAUCACCAACCACGCAAGUGACCGGCGCCUGCUUCUUUGUGUUCAGUGGUUCUCUGAAAGCCGCGUCUGGAUACCUGGCCAAGACCAGCAUCGUGGAAGAUGGUGUGAUGGUGCAGAUCACAGCAGAGACCAUGGAUGCUCUACGGCAAGCCCUCAGGGACAUGAAGGACUUUAGUAUCACCUGUGGCUGGGCAGACCAGGAGGACAGCCAGGAGCACGUUCACAUACAGUGGAUCGAUGACGAUCACAACUUUUUCAAUAAGGGGGUCAUUAGUCCUAUUGAUGGGAAGUCUAUGGAGUUCAUCACCAGCGUGAAAAUCUUCCACGGUUCAGAGUUCAAGGCUAAUGGGAAGGUCAUCCGCUGGACAGAGGUGUUCUUCCUCCAGAGUGAUGACCAGGACCAGCCCAACGGUCUGAGCGACCCUGCUGACCACAGCCGCCUGACGGAGAACGUGGCGAGGGCAUUCUGCGUGGCGCUCGGCCCACACCUCAAACUGCUGAAGGAGGAUGGCAUGGCUAAGCUGGGCCUACGGGUCACUCUCGAGUCUGACCAGGUGGGUUACCUAGCAGGUAGUAACGGCCAGCCUCUCCUCUCCCAUUACCUGAGUGACGUGGACAGUACUCUGAUCCCUGUCAUCCACAGAGGGGCGUGUCAACUCAGCGAGGGACCUGUCGUCAUGGAGCUGGUCUUCUACAUCCUGGAAAUCCUCUCCUAGGAGACGGAGGCACCGCUUAGCAACGGACCAUCACCCCAGACUCUGAUCUCCUAGUUCUCUCUCUCGUCCUCAUCCUCUUUUUUCCCCCCUGCCAUCUUGCCUCUUCCAUCUCUUCAGAGGCUGAAGGCUGUGAGGGGCAGCUAGCUGAUGUUGCUAUCCCUUCACCAGACAGCUGUGGGGGAUGGUUACCAGCUAGCUAAUGUUGCUAUCCCUUCACCAGACAGACAGCUGUGGGGGAUGGUUACCAGCUAGCUAAUGUUGCUAUCCCUUCACAUGACAUAUAUCUAGGGCCUCUCCAGUCCACCUUUGCGUCAUGUCCACCCUGAUCACAUGAAUCAGGAAAUCUGAGGACUAUUCCAGUUCCACUGUGGUAGACCAGGCUGGGGUUUGAGAAGUCAAAAAUGAUUCCUUAGUUGUUACUUUUCUCGAAAUCUAAUCGCACAACCUAGAUUAGAGACAAUGUCUUAAGUAGCUGAACAUGUUAUUACUCCCACCUUGUGAAACUGACACGUUUUACAUUUUCUUCAAAACACAACUUUAUAUUGGAGUGCCUUUGCUUUGACGGCCUGCAACAUGCAAUUCGGCUUGAGACGACCGUUAGACAUGUCGUGUUUCUACGCAUGAAUUUAGCUAGCCAAGUCGCCAUGACAACGCCGACAAGUGUAAUCGAGGAUUUCUAUUGGAGAAGCAGUUUGUCGAUCUUCAUACUCUAUUGUCUUUACUGUGGUAGCUAGCCAACCAGAAGCACUGCAUUCUGGGAAACGUAGUCUCCGAAGGCUAUGUUGUAGCAUGGGCGCUUUGAGGACCUCAGGUAGAGGUGUCCAAAGCUCUGCCUGAUGAGACUACACUUUUCUCUGCUGACAGGGACUUCACACGGUCUGGUGGUCCGGGAAGAUUAACAACUCGGAGAUGAGUGGAUGGCGAGGGUACAGCAAGAACAAUAGGAGAGAAAAGAGGGAGGAAACAUUUUUCUGGUGAUGCUGUUUAAUUUGCAUCCCGGUGCUCAGUUCCUGCAGUCGCAACUCUUCAGUGGAAGGAGGAAAGAAUAACUUACCUGUCGUUUUCAGCCUGGCUUUUAGCCCAUGAUCACCAAAUGCUUUAUUUCCUGACAUUGAUUGACUACAGUUUUCAUUUGGCCUGUUAUUUUGUUUAGGCAGGGCUGCAAUUGGCUCAAUAGCUCAUCUAGAGAUCCAAGAUUGUCUGUCUCACUAGAACUGCUAAGCAGUUGGACCACUUAGUCGAAGGCACAAUGUCUACGAGAGGUGGUGUGGGUGUUCACUGAUUUUUACUGUCAGACUUAAUAGGUCAAAGAUCCUGAACCGUGGAGAUGACCCAAGCUUUAUAUGGCUGAGCUUCUUGUCUUCUGAGAACCGUGACAGAGCGUACGCUGAUUUAAAACAUGUUUCCCAAUGCUUUACCAGAACAUUCUAACAGGAAGUAUAACAAACAGUCUCUGGCCUCAUUGGCAACCCAAGGGGACUGGUUGGAGAAAUGCAUUGUGGUCUGAUCCUUCACCACCGACUGUUAACCCCAGCAGCAUCCUUCCACCGUUAACUAACCCCAGCCUCAUCCUUCCACCGUUAACUAACUCCAGCCUCAUCCUUCCACCGUUAACUAACCCCAGCCUCGUCCUUCCACCGUUAACUAAC